ACAAAUUAAGUUAACAAUAGAAAUGUUAGAUCAAUUUUGAAUUUAUAUUUAUUAUUUAAACAACUGAGAACAUUGAAGAGAACGCUAUUACUUUCAAGAGAUUUAACUUAAAGAGAACAUUAUUAAUAAAUGAUGGCAAUAAAAAUAUUUCGGCGCGCGAUUGUUUGUUGUGUUUACAAAUUAUUACUAUUUACAGGCGUAAGGAAAUAAUAGUAUUUGAAUUAAAAUCUACUUUAAUCCCAAAAACGCGAUGACUGAAGAGCAAGAUGACGUUUUUAGGGUGCCAUCAAGUCCUGACAUUCAUUUUGAGCCAAUUGUUAGACUGCCUCUAGUUGAAAUCAAAACUUUAGAAGAAGAUGAAGAAGUUUUAUUCAAAAUGCGAGCAAAACUUUACCGCUAUGAUAGUGAAGACGAUCCUCCACAAUGGAAAGAGAGGGGCAUUGGUGAAAUCAAAAUCCUAAAACACAAAUCUGAUGAAUGUGUCCGUAUACUUAUGAGAAGAGAUAAGACUUUAAAAAUCUGUGCCAAUCACUACCUUCAGCCAUAUAUGGAAUUGAAACCUAACAACACAAGUGAUAAAGCCUGGGUGUGGAGUACAAUGGCUGAUUUUGCUGAUGAAGAACCCAAACCAGAACUUCUAGCUAUCAGAUUUGCUAGUGUUGAAAAUGCUCAGAAGUUUAAGGAAGCAUUUGAUGCUGCUAAAUCUAUUGCUACACAAUUUUCUGGGGAACAAAAAUCAGAUUUGAAUAAAUCUGAAAAUGAUAAAAGUGAUGACGAAAGUGAUGAUGAUGACAAGUCAUCCAACAAUGCCACUCCUGAAAAAAGUACUAAAGAAGUUGCUGAUAAACUUUCAAAUUUAACUGUUGAAGAUAAAAAAGAUAAAGAUGAAACAAAAGAUGAUAAUACAGAAGAUAAGUCAGCAAAAGAUGAUAAAUCAGCAGAUUAACAUUUUUUUAGCUGAUUACUUUAUAUCUCAUCUCAUUGAAGACAAAAUAUGAAUUAAUGAUAUAGCACUAAACUGACUUUUUCAUCAUUUCAAUUUUUUUCCUAUCCAUACCUAAGCUUUCAUAAAAAUUGAUUUUUGUAUAAAUGUUACUCUAAAGACACUACUAAGCAAAAAUAAAAAUGAAUCUACUAUGCAUUCUCAUUUAUUUACAAUGGAAAAUAUUUGUAUCGUCGCAGAAAAAUAUUUUUGUAACAACUUUUUACAAUUUAUUGCCAACAUUUUUUUUUUUAAAUAAAACUGUAAUUGGCAUGAUAUUUUUUUCUAAUCCAGUUUUCUCAUAUAUUUUGUACAUAUUCGUUGAGAGGUAUUUCUCUCAAUUUAUUUGAUGUUAUUUUCUUUGUUUUGAAAUCCUAAAUUAUGCUAAUAUUUUGUAUUGACUAAUUCUAGCAAAGAUUUUUACAGUAUAAUUUAAGCAAUUGUCCCUUUUUUCUUUAAAUUAUAUCAUUUCAUGUUUUUUAUAGUGCAAUUAGUAUUUGAAGAGCUUAGUGAAAAAAGGUUCUUUGGGGCAUUUUAUUAAAUUUAAAAUAUGGUGAUAUUUUUACAUUAAAAAACGUUAUUUCAAGACUUAAUUUUUAAAAAAUAAAUCCACAGUUUAUAGCAUGUCUUAUGUGAUACUUCUGAAGUACCUUUUUCUAUUAAGCUCUUCAAAUUUAUUUAAAAUGGAGGCCUUAAAAUGAAAAGAUAAUUAGAUAUGGAAAAAAAUUGUGUAACAUAUAAAGCAAUACUAUUUAAAUUAACGGUGGGGAUAUUUCUCCCUGUUGGUCAUAUUCUGCAUAAUAUUAAUUGUAAAAGAUUUGUGUAUGUGACUAUACUUCAUAUCAAUGUCUAGUGUUUGUUUUUCAAAGGGGUAAUAUCUGCUUUUAUAUGCUUUUGGUAUAUCCACUCUAUUUUCACUUAAAUGUUUGACGAUGCUAAUUAUUUAGUACUGAUUUCAAUGUUUUCCAUUUAAGAAUGUAUGUGCAUUAUAAUCCCAAUUAUCUUUACUUUCCACCAGAAAGAAUGUCAAGAAUAAUCAGAAAAUGUUUAUUAUAAAUAGAAUAUAAAAUUACAAAAAAAAAAAAAACAGUUACAUGCAAAAAAGAAAAUCCCUAGCACAAUGCUACUAACUGUUCAGAUAUGAUAAUUUCCAUUUUUCAAUGUUCUGUGCAUUUUAUUAAUGUGUAAAUGCCUGUUUCCCUUAGUGUGAUGAAUCUUGUUAGAAUGAUAUUCUUGCAGCUUAGUUCUAUUAUCACAUAAAUGCCUUCAUUUUAUGGUAUUUAAUGCAGUAACUAGAUUGCUAACUUUUGGUUAAACAUAUGGUUAAUUUUAAGUACCAGUGAAUAUAUAUAUAAUUUAUUAUUUUUUUUAAGUAAUCGUAACCCUAAAUGAAUAAUGGAUAACAUUAAAAUAUGAUAAUCAGCUCACAGAAAUUGUAUAUCUUAAAUUUGUUUCUAUAAUUGAAAUAUUAAAUGUUUUCAGUCAAUUGUUUUACUACAUUAUUACUUUAAGCUUAACAUUCAGCUUAAUUUUUGAUUGCUGAAACCAAAAUAAAAAACAUACUGUUUUUGCUAAGACAUUUAGGUCUUUGAUAUAUGUGAUAUUUAUUUGUAAUUUCUGAUUUUACAAUGCCUAUAUUGUUUAACUAUGGUUGUCAUUUUUCUCAGGAAUGCCAAUUCUUUCUGAAUCAACAGCUUAUCUUCUCAAUAUUGAUAUAAUUUUUCAAACAUAGUUUAUUAUUAUGUAAUUUGCAUGCAUUAUUAAAAAAACCACAUUCAAAUUUGAAAUCUUGAGAAAAGAUUGCAGUUUCCAUAAAUCUAAAGUCAUCUUUCUCACAUUUUUUUUGUUUUUAUUUUACCAAUAAUUUCUGUUAAAUAUAUAUGGUUUGGCAAGGAGCUGCAUUCUACUUUCACAUUAUUAAACUACAUUCAUUCCUUUUAAGUCCCUCUAAAACUCAUGUCGUUGUUCAGUGACUGUUUAAUUUAUAUUAGUUAGCAUCAAAACUAUUUGCAUAAAAGCAUACCCGCACAGAGUGAAGUUUGUUUUGAAAGUGUUCCUUUUAUACUAUCUUAUAAUGGUAUGUUUUUAUGAAGGAAAAAAAAACAUUCAUACAUAAAAAUUCUUUUCGUGGUAAUACAUAUAAUAUAAAAAAAGUAUUGUCUUUUAAGCAGUAUUCAAGAAAGUAUUGUACAAAAGUCAAGGAAUGUUUUUCUUGAAGUUGAGUGGGAACCCUUUUGUAUAAUUUCAAUGGAAAAUUGUUUCAUCGAAAGAUAAGACCUGUGGGAAAUGUUGUAUAUUGAAAAUAGCUCCAUUAGACUAGCAUCCUUGUUUUGAAGUGCUGAUGAUGUUGACAUAUCCACUCUCUCACUUGUACAGCCAAUUUUACAGUAGCAAAAUUUUAUUUGUUAAAUUGGG